UGUACGUUUAUUUUAAAUACAAAAAUGUCAGUUUUUUACGAACAACUAUUCGAAAUACAGAAACUCCUUUGGUUUUUGCGGGCUUAUCCCAACAGUAGUCCAAGGGAGCCAAUCUAUGCAGAUUGGGAGUCAAAAUACAGGGACAAUGAAGAUGAUUCUGUGGCUUUGUGUUGUAUACGAAAAAUAAUGCUCCUCAUGAGACUGAUAUCUGCAGAUCUUUACAAGGAAAAUAACCAUAGGAACGACAAACAACAGGUUUCCGAAGCAAUAAUGAGAUGCUAUCAGGAGAUUGGAACCUUAUUUCAAUUCAAUGAAAAUGAACUGAGCGAAGUGAAUAAUUUAUUGAAACUAGAGAAAAUAUUCAAUGAAGUGUCCAAAUGCAUCACAGAGAAGCUUAUUGUAGCUGAAGAUUCAACAAAUGUUCCAUAUGCGUUUUCGCUUGAAACUAAUUGUUAUGACUUAAAUGUGAAACCUAUCCAGAAAUCUAGACUAUGCUGCUUGGUGUCUCUGAAGGGCAGAUCUCGGCGAUCAGUUAGAGCGAUCACUAAUAACAGAAAAUUGUAUAAAAAGUUAACAAAACAAAAUUUGCAGCUAGCCAGGAAACUGGAAGAGGUGAAACUACAAAGAGAUUUGGAAUUAAUAAGCCACAAACUGACGAUUCUUAAGGAAAAGACUCUAGUCAGUCAGACUAUGAUGGCCAAGCAAAAGAUUGAAGAAACUAACAGGGAUCUAAACGAUACAGUAGCUAAUUUACAAAUAGAAAACCUUCAGUUGAAACAUGUCAACAAUCGCAAAUGUAUUUGGAAUGAAAAAGCUUAUAGCGAUAAUAGAGAUCCCAGUAAAACUGCAGAAGUAAAACCGAAAGAGUUGCAAAAUGUUAAACCUUUCGAAGGGACCUUUGAAGAAACGCAAGCAUUACAUACUGAGGCAACUUCUGAGAUAGUGGUAGAAACUGACGUUGUUAAAUAUCCCAAAAACAACGUACAAGAGUCACCAGAAAUCAAUGGUCCUAAAUUAAAAUGUUAUCGCAAAAGGCGUUCUUCCAAAAUACUUAUUGGUAAGAGACACAUGAAACAAUUUGUCAAUUGUUUUAUGCAAGUUCUGUCCGAGCCGAAUGAAAGCAUUUUUCCCAAAUGCUUCUUCGAGCAGCCGAAACCGUGUGUCGCCCCAAAAGCCAAGGAAAAAAAUGGUAAUCUACCUGAUCUGAAGAAAACAAUCUCGAAAAGCAUUUUAGCCAUUUUGAAGGAAGAAGCAAAUCGCAAUGCUAUAGGCAAAACUUUUGGAGAUAGACGAAGUCAACUACUAAAAUGGUGUCAAAAGAAAGUCAAGCCUUACGGUAUACCAAUGUAUGAGUUUUCUCUUUCCUGGACAACCGGCCAUGCCCUUUGUGCCCUUAUACAUGCCUAUCGUCCCGAUAUAAUGGAUGUCAAAUAUACAACUCAUCCAGAUCCUAAAACGUCUUUGGAACAUGGUAUCCGUAUAGCUAAAUUUUUGGGAAUUCAAACUAAAUUUGAUAUAUCCGACAUAUAUCAGUCUAAACCAAAGUUUGAGGACGUCUUUAAUUAUAUACAGGACUUGUAUUUUUGCUUGGAGUCAACUAAGCUGGAUUCCCAAAACGCUAAAAGUCAAGAGACUGCAUAAUUUUAAGUCUGCAAAAGGUUUUGAAACUUUUGUAUUUCCUUUUAUUUAUAUAGUUUCAAUAAA